UCCUGUGAAACCAUUAAGUAACACCAGGAGGUGCUGUUUUAAUUAAGCGUCAAUUAUAUGGUGUGGCCAGUGGUAGAGAAGUUUGGAUGCGAUCUUCUCUUCUCUCUGGGGCAAGUUUGCAGGAUAAAAAAGAAAAACUUCUUAUUUCUAGGUUGGAGCUGCUGAGGGUGAGCUGCUACAGUCCGUAGCCAAGCAUGCUGUGGUCGGAUCUGCCCAGCCGUGGAACAGAAACAUUUGCUGGAUGGAAAAUCCAUAAAAGAAAGCUCCUGUGAAAAGCUGAGGCGGACGAUAACUUAAGCAAAAUCAGAUAUAUUUGGACUGCCUGACCUUCUUUGGGUGAUUGCUGUUAAUUAACAGAUUUUGUGGGAGAAAGGGAGCUUGCCUUCUGAGCUUUAUACCAAAGAUCUGGGAAAACUAACCAUUUCAGUCUUUCCGAGUACCUGGGAACUGCCGAGGCCCCUGCUGACUGUCGCUAUGGGCAGACGGUACCCGGAGGCUCACUGUUGUCCAGGCAGCUCAUAUUUCAAAUUAUAACCUAUUUCCUGCACCACUGCCGACGUCCAGUGAUCCAUGUCAGAAGUACUUCCAGCUGACUCAGGUGUUGACACCUUGGCAGUGUUUAUGGCCAGCAGCGGAACCACAGACGUCACAAAUCGGAACAGCUCAGCCACACCACCAAACACCCUUAACCUCCGUUCCUCCCACAAUGAACUGUUGAACGCUGAAAUAAAACACACAGAAACUAAGAACAGCACCCCUCCCAAAUGCAGGAAAAAAUAUGCACUAACUAACAUCCAGGCAGCAAUGGGCCUCUCAGAUCCAGCUGUGCAGCCCCUGCUGGGGAAUGGCUCUGCCAACAUCAAACUAGUGAAAAAUGGGGAGAACCAGCUCCGGAAGGCUGCAGAACAAGGGCAGCAGGACCCCAACAAAAACAUCAGCCCCACUACAGUCAUCAACAGAACUUCUGAGAAGUUAAAGAGUAAAGAGCCCCACCCGCCAGAUUCCUCGGGCUGUGAGAUUUUACCCUCCCAGCCCAGGAGAACUAAGAGCUUCCUGAAUUACUAUGCAGACCUGGAAACCUCAACCAGAGAACUAGAGCAGAACCUAGGCAACCACCAUGGGGUUAUGGAAGAGAAAUCCCAGCCAGGCCAGGACCAGGCCUCUACCAUCGUUGGGAAUGGAGAUUUGCUGCUGCAGAAACCAAACAAACCCCUAUCCAGCCCUGAAGACGGCCAAGUAGCCACAGUGUCAUCCAGCCCAGAGACCAAGAAGGAUCAUCCUAAAACAGGAGCCAAAACAGAUUGUGCCCUACAUCGGAUCCAGAACCUGGCACCGAGCGAUGAGGAGUCAAGCUGGACAACGUUGUCCCAAGACAGUGCCUCACCCAGCUCCCCAGAUGAAACAGGUAUCCCUGGGAAGGGUGUAGCCUCAGAUGGCACUUUCUUUUGGUGUUUUCAGCUAUUGAUGAGUAAAUCUCUAGAUGGAUGGAAAAUGUCCAUUUCUAGGCAGAGAAGAGCAUGA